AUGACCCUAACGAAGUAUAAGACGGCGACAGAAGCGUGGCAACUAAUCACCGAUCUAGCUGAGUCUACCCGCAGUACAGGGCAAAGGACUAAUCAUCCCAAGGCUGUUGCAGAAGUUUCUGCUAGUAGUGAGACCGCUACUCUUACCAAGACUCUGAGAGAGAUGACCAAUAUACUAAGCUCUAGCGUACUCCCCUCUCAACCUUUACCCAACCCCAAGGGUGGAAUCAAUGCCAUCACCUUGAGGUCUAGAACUACAUUGCAAGAAAGGAGUCCCGAGGAGCCAAGCUCAAGAGAAGAUAUUCAAGUUGAAGAUGUUGUUGAGGUAGAAGAUGUAGAAGAAGAGGAUGAGGUACAAGAUGCAGUUGAAAAAGAAGUUGCUCAAUCAAGAAAUGGAGUGCCUAAUGGAGAUGAUGCUGUGAGAGAAUUCAUUCCCAUUCCUUUCCGACACCUUGCUAGGAGGACUAAGAAGCAAGUUGAGUUAGAUCCCAAGAUGGUAGAGAUUUUCAAAAGGGUUGAGGUAACUAUUCCCCUCUUUGAUGCUAUUUACCAAGUACCUAAAUAUGCUAAGUUUCUAAAAGAUUUGUGCAUGCAUAAAGAUAAGAUACAUGAUGUAGAAACUAUUCCUUUGGGUAGCUCCAUUUCUGCUUUAAUGGGUGCUAUACCGGAAAAAUGUGGGGAUCCCGGUCCAUAUAAGAGCGUAAUUUCAGUGGUUGGCAUUGUGGAAGACGUCUUGGUGACUAUCAAGGGGCUGAAGUUUCCUAUCGACUUCUACAUCCUAGAGAUGCCCCCUAGUGACUCCGGAAUUCCUUCGUCCAUCUUGCUUGGGAGGCCAUUUUUGAAAACUUUGCGGUUCAAAUUGGAUGCCUUCUCGGGUACCUAUUCUUUCGAGAUAAAUCGCAGAGCAGUGAGCUUCAACCUUGAUAAAGCUAUGAAGCAUCCACCGGAAGACCACUCCAUCUUCCAGUGCGAUAUUAUUGAUGAGAUUGUAGCUGAAGUUCCCAAAAAGGCAGUAGAAGAAGAGACCAUGGAGCAAGUCUUCAAGUACUUGGACUGGGCCCUUUGGCCUCUGUUAAAGCUAGUUGGGAGUGGCCAUUGA